CGCUGCACUGCGUGGAUGCAAAACCAAGACCCAGCAGAUUGAAGUGCUGACCUCGUUCGUCAUCCAGUAUGGAUCGUAGGUCUCUCAAGCUGCUGAAUUGGAACGCUUGCUCCAUUAGGAGGAAGAACUUAGAGCUGGUGGAUUUUCUUCGCGAGAAGGAGAUCGACGUAGCUGCCAUCACGGAAACUCAUCUGAAGCCCGGUGAAAAAGUUUAUCUGCAAAACUACAAGAUCGCGACGCAGCUCUACAGGACCACCUCUGGAGGAGGAGGUGUGCUUGUCGCUGUUCAUCGUGAUCUCAAGCCACGCCGGCUGCCACACUUCAAGCUGGACAUCAUCGAGGCCGUUGGGGUGGAAAUUCCCACUUCGGUUGGCCCAGUACUCUUCAUUGCUGCAUACUGCCCACGUCAGGUGAAUGCCAGAGAUGGUUCAGCAGCAAAACUGAAGAGCGAUAUCCAAAAGCUGACACGGCGGAGCGCAAAGUACAUCAUCGCUGGUGACCUCAACGCGAAGCAUGAAGUUUGGGGCAACAGCAGGAGGAAUCGGAACGGAGUGAUUCUGCACAACGAUCUGCAAAACGGAUACUACAACGUUGUGAGUCCGGAUCGUCCAACGAGGGUGGCUCGGUCUGGGAAUCACUCAAUCAUCGACUUCUUCAUUACCAAUAUGGCUGAGAACGUGGCUCAUCCUGAGGUGUUUGAAGAGUUGAGUUCUGAUCACUAUCCGGUGGUUGUGGAGGUUGGAGCUUCCGUUACUCCGCAGCGGCAACCAACCCGGAAAGAUUAUCACAACGUUGACUGGCAGCAGUUUCAGCAAGUGGUAGACAGCAACAUCGACUAUGAUCAACACCCGGAAACUUCUGCUGAUAUUGAUCGUUCGCUGGAGGUGAUCCAGCAGGCUAUCAACCAAGCAGAGGCUGCCAACGUUCGGGAGGUUCCUGUUAAUUUUAAGCGUGACGCCUACACGUGGGCACACGAUCACCGGGUGCACCACAAGUACUCGGAGACGGACGCCGAUCCGCACAAUGCCAAGCGGGGCUUCUUCUUUGCGCACGUGGGUUGGGUGUUUCUGACGCCCCACCCGGAGGUGGUGGCGAAGCGCAAAAUCAUCGACAUGAGUGACCUGGAGGCGGACCCGAUCGUCAUGUGGCAGAAAAAGUAUUACCUUCCUCUAUUUGCACUGCUGGUCAUUGGGCUCCCGGUGCUGGUCCCAUACUAUUACUGGUCCGAAAACCUUUGGGUGGCCUUCUGGGUAUGUUUCACGGUGCGAUUCACCACAACGCUGAAUAUCGCCUUCUUCGUUAACAGCGUCGCGCACAUGUUCGGGAACCGACCCUACGAUAAAAACAUCAGCCCGGUGGAGAACCUUCCGGUGGCCAUUGCGGCGUUGGGCGAGGGUUGGCACAACUACCACCACGUGUUUCCGUGGGACUACAAAACGGGCGAACUGGGCAGUUACAUGUUCAACGUGACGACCGGAUUUAUCGACGCGUUUGCCAAGCUGGGGUGGGCCUACGAACGGAAAUCAGUUUCACCGGAUAUUAUCGAACGAAGGGCGGCCAAGUACGGCGAUGGGACGCGCUUCCUCAGUGACGAUUGUGCCCAUCGGGAUCCGGUGUGGGGUUUUGGCGAUACUGACAUCGCCAAGGAGGACCUGGACGAAAUUCUGCGAAGGCAAGAGUGAUGGAGGAACGAGAAAAAGUGCUUUAAUAUAGUUUUAAGAAAAGUAGCAAAAUACAACAAAUAGAUUGGAGCGAAGUAUUUGGCGCAUGCUUAUGUUCAAAUGCUAUAGUUUCGUUCAGUAGAACAUUAAAAACGCUUAGACCCAGUGUUUCCUUCAGAACGUGAAGCAUGUUUUUUUUUUAAAUAAUGAUGAUGAAAUAAACGACAAACGAAUAAUA